AUGGCUCCGAACGGCUCGCUAUCCCCCGGUGUCGAUAUUCUCCCGCCCAACGGAAAUGCAUCACGCGAGCUUGAGGCCUCAACUGUGGCGGCUAGGAGCCAGCAUGCCAUCGCGCCCGAGUUCUUUCCCCACGGCAAGCGCUCGCUUUGUGGCAUCGCCGUGCGUGCUUUCUGCUUGGGAUGCGCCAUGGCUCUCGGCGUCGUCGGUACGGCUCUGCUAGCAUACAACGGCAAUCAUUUAUGGCGGCCUUUCAUGUUUCUCAGCGCGCUGUCCAUGUUCCACUUCCUCGAGUUUUACACGACGGCCGCGUACAACACCCCGGUCGCGUACAUCUCCUCGUUCCUCCUCACCAACGGCGACCAAUACCGACAAGCCCAUACCAUGGCUUUCAUCGAGACUCUGGUGACUUCGUCUUUCUUUCCCGAUUACCAAUCGACAAUCCACCCGCCGUGGGUCAUCGCGCUGGGCAUAAGCAUGGUCGUGGUGGGACAAGCUGUGCGCAGCACAGCGAUGAUGCAGGCGGGUACCAACUUCAACCACCAAGUGCAGUCGCGUAAGAGCGAUGGGCACGAAUUGGUGACCCAUGGACUGUACCGCUACUUCCGUCACCCCUCGUACUUCGGUUUCUUCUGGUGGGGCAUCGGCACACAGGUCAUGCUGGGUAACACUGUCUGCUUCUUGGGAUACACAGGCGUGCUGUGGUAUUUUUUCAUGACACGCAUUUCACACGAAGAAAAACAUCUAAUCGAGUUCUUCGGCGAAGAGUACAAGGUGUACAGGGCAAGAACUCGUGUCUGGAUACCCUUCAUCGAGGACAAACUCUACCAAUCCUGCCUCGACGCCUGCAUCGAGGGUAUCGCGAAUAUAACGGUGAACAAGCGGAUUGGUGCGACAUCCACUCCGAACAACACAGUCAACAUCAAAAUCACUGCGCACGAGGGCAGUGAUCUUGUAAGAAAGUCUGCUCCGGCUGCGCUCUCUCUUAUAUCGCCACCUGUAUCGCCCGCGCGGGAGGAAGUCGUACGACACACCAGUCCACCUCCACUGUCGUCUGCAGCCAUAAACAUGGAUCGCUCGAGGUACAUGAUCGCACCGCCGGCUGCCUCGCCAUCUGGGGACGCACGCAGCAAUCUCGCUGUUCAACCUGCAGCUUCUGCUGGCAAGUUGAAGCUCAAGAAGAACGCCGUCAAGAUAGUCGGGGCUGCGGGACCAAUUCCUACGACCCCGUCGCGAUUCGCACCGCCCGCCCCGUCAGUGACAUCAUCGCCAGCUCCAGGCUCAGUCAAGACCAUGCCCCAGGCUGUUGAAGGACCAGCGAACGCCAAUACCUCUAGAGCGUCCAAGCCCGGUCCCCUUCACAAAGAGGGCGCAGCACUUGCUUUGACUGCUCCUACAUCGAAAGUGGUUCCGUCCACCAAGGAGGUCGUGAGAGCUACAACUGAUGCCAUGGACGAAGAAUCCGCAAUGGAUGCACUUUACGCUCGCCUUAACAGCAAAACCAUCCUAGGGCCUCGGACACCCGUAGGUCCCACGGUAGCAAGACCUGGCCAAACUGCAUUCUCGUUUGGUGCACGUCUUGCUGAGGCCAAGGCAGAUAAGAUCAAGACGGAUGAUUCAGAGGCUGAGAAGGGAGGCAUCCAGAAGUCUCCCGGUAGCAAGACCGCAGAACCGAGACAAGACAAGCUAGAGAGUGAGUACAUGCGUAAGGCGACUGAGUACAUCCAGGCGCUUCCGAACAGCACGGGAAACACGGCAUAUCUCGUCAAGGCCAUGUCAAGGAAGCUCCACGACUCAUACACGUCAACCACCAAGGUAGAUGCUGGAAGCAACGAAGCUCUCAAGGCACGUCUAGCAUUCGCAGUCGCCAACUAUCUCAAUAAGAUAUUGAAGAAGCGCCCGGAGUCACGUACAGCCGACUCAAUCAAACAAACGCUUGGGGAUAUGGAUGGAGAUUUUCUCCGGCUGUGUGCCAAGCUCGUGGACGAGGGGUACGUCUCCUUGGAGACACUGACUGAAGUAUCUGGUAUCGUCGCCGCCAUGCGUGAUGUUCUGCCCAAGCCAGAGCAACCUACCACCACGUCGGUGGAAGCGCCUUUGACGCCAGCACCUUCUGUUGCGAUGGGCUCUGAGAACAGCAAGCCCAUGUCCAAGGACCCAGUGGAUAGCAUGAAGGGAUGGCCGACCCAGGAGAAGCGCGAGAAUCCCGCUGCACAUCGUACGUGCAUCUUGAAGGGUGUUGGGGGGAUUACCAGUAUCAACCAGUUGCAGGCUCUUGUAUGGGGUGGCAAGCUUGAGUCCAUUUCCAUGCCAGAGCCGGGCUCCUCGAACGCUCUUGUCAAGUUUCUUACACCCGAGGCAUGCGACAAGUAUCACAAGGACACUGCAAACGGAAUCGAGAUAGUGGGCGAGAUGAAGAAAACGGUUGUCUUCGUGGAGAAGGCUGAAGGACCAAACUCUAUCAACGAUGUCAUCCGCAACUGCAUCGAUGGCGAAGCGUCACGCUGCGUGCGAGCUAUCGGCGCGAACGAGCACAACGAAGCGGCUCUUAUGAAGCUCGCUCGGGGCAAGAGCGUUAGCAAGCGCGACGUUGAUCGUAUCAAGAGCGGAAAGACCGCCCGUGGUCAUUCGUACGUCGAGUUCCGCUUUGCAAACAUCUACAACGCUCUCAACUUCAAGCGCGAACUCGUGGAUAGUGAGGACUGGGAACAUUGCACCAUUGGCUAUGCACCCGACCCGUGUGAGCUAGCCAAGGGUGUUCAUUACAAGGAUCUGGAUGAGAAAUAG